UCCCCGCCUCCGCUGUCUGUGAGCAGCUCCAACCUGCUCUCGCCCAGGACGGCCGCCAUCGGACCUGUCCGUGAGCAGAGCUCAACCCUGCUCUCGCCCCGGAGGCGGCCGCCAUCGGACCUGUCCGUGAGCAGAAACCUUUAAGCCCUAAACCGAGCCGGAACCCGACGGCCGUGCCGUGCGCCUUCAGGAAGGAAGCGGAGGCAGCCCAAAUCUCCUGUCCCCGCUUCCUCUCUCUGCCCAGCCCCUCCUUGACGCUGCACGGGAUGCAGAACCCUAGCGGCAACAACACCGCCCCGGCCGCUGCAGCGGCGGGCAAGUCCAAGUCCUCGGCGCAGGCCGCGGCAGCGGCUUCGGCCCACGGCCAUCAGCCAUCCCCGGCCACGCCUGCGGUUGCCAAAUCCAAGUCCUCGUCGCAGGCCGCCGCGGGGGCUCACUCCUCCCCGGCCACGCCGGCGGCGAGCAAGUCCAAGUCCUCGGCACAUGCAGCGGCGUCAGGCCAGGCCUCCUCCUCCUCUCACCACCACCACAUCCCCGGCGGCGCUGAGGCAGCCGCAUCGAGCCUUAAGCGCAAGCGCGGCGUCUUCCAGAAAGACCUGCAGCACAUGAUGUAUGGGUUUGGGGAUGAUCCAAAUCCACUUCCAGAAACAGUUGCGCUUGUGGAGGACAUUGUUGUUGAAUAUGUUACUGACCUGGUCCACAAGGCUCAGAAUGUCGCUUCAAAGCGGGGGAAGCUCUUGACAGAGGAUUUUCUUUACCUUAUCCGUAAGGAUAUGCGUAAGCUGCACCGUGCUACUGAGCUACUCUCCAUGAAUGAAGAGCUCAAGCAAGCAAGGAAAGCUUUUGAUGUGAAUGAAGAAACGCUAGUGGUUACUAAUGAGUAAUACCUCCUUGAGGACCUCCCGAGAGUAUCUGCAAUAUUUCAGUCAGUUGGACACUAGUCAGCAUCCAUCUGUAUAUAUAUGUAGUAUUAAGCUGCAGAAGUUUGUUUUCUGUCAAGUUGGCGUCAGAUAUCACUUUUCACUUGAAUGAAUUGAUAUCACUGUACGAUUUGCUCAAUCUUGUUGCCAUACGAUGCGAUAUGGCAAAAGGCUUUUGAUAUC